UUAGUUUACAAGGCAACCUGUAGAAAACCUCGCCGCUGGACAAACCUCGGAUAUCUAGUAAGCCGCUGUAAGUCGCUUGAACGCAGCCAGAGGUCGCUGUUUGUCUCCAAUUUGGUUACAAACAAGAAAGUAAGCGGUCGUUGCUCCGCUCGGGUCGUUAGUGAGUGUUUCCACCUUGUAGCGUUAAGCUGUGAAGUAACUACGCUGAUCCUGGUUAUGAUGAACUUCAGCACAAAUGCCCAUUACGGCAGUCACACUAGCAAAGAAAAUGUUCCACCGUCAAGCAAAAUGGAUGCAUCACAGGUCCAGAAAGCCAGGCAGCGGACAGUGCUUGGUGUUUUGUCAGAAAAUGAGCAGCGUGGUCGAUCCCUCAGCAAGGGAAGCCAAUUUUCCAAACACAGCUCGAUCUCAGACAGCUCUCAGCACACCUUUCUCGGCUGUACCUCCAGUUCCAGCUAUGAUGUUUAUGUUGAAGAGGCUUGUGAAGUUGUUCUUGCGGCUUCUGGUCAAGAAGUUGUGUCUGACAACUAUUACCGAGAUACUGAAACCGCUGCCCUGCAAAACGAAGGGCUGAGACUCCUGCUGGAGCUUAGUUCAAGUUCAUGCCUGGAUGCUUCUAUGCAGUCUGAAAAAGAUGAAUCCCUGAUGUCAGAGGAGGUGCUGUGUGUGUCUGAGUAUGCAGAGGACAUUUACCGACACUUGAGGGAGAGUGAAUUGAAGUUGAAGCCUCUUCCAGGCUACUUGGAGAAACAUCCGGAGAUCACCAGUGGCAUGCGGCUCAUCCUGGUGGACUGGCUGGUGGAAGUCGUCCAGGAGUACAAGCUCCGUUCUGAAACUCUGCAUCUUGCUGUCAACUAUUUGGACCGCUUUCUGUCCUGCACGGCGUAUGUAAAACGGGGCAAGCUGCAGCUGGUUGGCACAGCUGCAUUACUGAUCGCUUCAAAAUAUGAGGAGAUCUUCCCUCCCGAGCUGAAUGACUUUGUGUACAUCACAGACAGCACCUACACCAAGAAGCAGUUGGUUCGAAUGGAGCAUGUUUUCCUAAGAGUGCUGGCCUUCAAGAUGGCCGCACCAACUACAAACCAGUUCCUUCGCCUUUUCAUGUCCAUCCACUCUGUCUGUGCCACCACAGAGAACCUGGCCCUGUAUGUAGCAGAGUUAAGCCUGCUGGAAAUUGAACCAUUCCUACAGUACAGCCCAUCUAUAGUGGCAGCUGGAGCCUACUGCCUGGCCUCCUAUACUGUAAACAAAUCUCACUGGCCUGAAUCCUUAUGUGUGUUUACUGGCUAUACCAUGGCUGAAAUUGAGCCCUGCGUGACUGACCUCCACAAGCUACACAUCAGUGCAGAGAGUCACCCACAACAGGCCGUCAGAGAAAAAUUUAAGAAUUCAAAGUAUUGUCGUGUUUCGUGGAUCACUCCACCUGCCGUUCUGCCUUUCCUAUGAAUCACUGCUCCACCCUUCUUCUGACGCUUCUGACAGAACAAAACAAACCCAACUGAUUCUUUGUCAGUCCCAUACAUGCCACACCCCUCUGGACACUUUCUUGCUUUAAUUAAUUAAUUUUUUUGUAGUUUAUGCAAAUACAAAAAAAUAUAUAUAAAGAAACUACUUCUGAUACUUGCAGAUAUCCAUGCAAAAGGUUUUUAAAACUCGUAAGUCAUUAGUUGUAACACAUGCUUAUAUUUUGAAUGAUACAAAAUUCAUGUUCAAUCAUGAAUUAUUGUAACCUUUAUUUUCCAUAUGUCAUGUCUCAGUGUAAUGCUACGUGUCUUUCAAAAUAAAGUUUUUAU